CACACGCAUCAGGCUUACAAAUCCAUUCGCAUCCAAACCCGUGCGGGUCACGCCUCCGUAGGUGGGUUAAGUAGGUGGUUAUCAGACUCAUCGUACAUACACAAUGCCUGCCGUGUGGUGCCAUUUCACGCACUCAUUCCGAUAAGCGGGCACCCUGCAGGCUGUGCGGCGCACAUCGGUCUCCUGCAGAACACACAACCGCGCGCACUUCAUACCAGAAGCAACAGCAGCGUUAGCAGCGGCCAGCCGUACAACGGUGCAUGGAUGCAUGCAACGCUUCCUGACCCACGUGGCCAGCUACCGCCAGCAUCGAGCUUAUAAGAUAUUGGCGACCUGGGUACCCAUUCAAAAAAAUUAUUUACUUAAAUGGUUGAAAUUCUGCUCCUGCGAAUGCAGGCAUGCCUGCAGCCAAAAGGGGCACUGACUGAUGCAACGAAUCCAAGGGGCCCCUCUCCACCCCCCUCUCUCUCCCCCUGCACACACAGAUAGUCAGUUCCGCAGCCUUUUUGCUGGUGUGCCCAUAAGGGAACCAAGUAAUAAACUCGACGACGAUGAAUUAGGUAGCCAUAUACAUUCACCAUAUACAGCACAUUGACACCACAUCGGUUUAGACUACUUGGACUGUAAUAACGUUUCCUGCCACAAUACUACUGCUGCUAAAACCCCCUUCACACACACGCACAUUCAUUCCAAAAAAAUGAUCGUUUUGCAAUCGAUCUGCUGAUGCGGACUGCUUCGAACUCUUUGGUCCUCCAGACCACGUGCUGUACAUAACCAGCUGAAAACGAUUCACCUUAUGUUUUUACAGGACUGUCUGAUUCUGUUGUCAUCAAACCGUCGGCUUGCGGCUAUCAAUGGCCGAGGUCACCAUCUGGGUGAUUCCUGCUAGGAUUACGGUCAUCGGAAGACGACGUCGCCCAGCCAUUAACCUGGGACCGUAUCGGCGCGAGGAGACCCCGAACUGGGUUCUGCUGCGGCUGCUCUACCAACCUAAUCGGGAUACACCACUUCUCUACAUCCUGACAUCCUGUGUCGUACCUCGCUUGGACCCUAAGGACCGACGAGAAGGAGUGGCGUUGCCGGAGGCGGCGGCGGGUGUGGUGGAUGACCGAGAGGACGGCGGCGGUAGCGCCAAAGGUGCCAGCGGCGGCGGCGGCGGUAGCGCCAACGGCAGCGGCGGCAGUGCAGGCCAAGACAUCGAUGCGUGCGGCGUUGGGGCGUCGGUGGCGUCUUUGGAGACGGAGUGGUCGCCGCUGCCGCCGCCCGGCGGCGACGGCGUCGGCCCCGACGACAGGAGCCGCAGCGGGGGCGGUGAUGGCGGCGGCGGCAGCACCGUCAGCGGUGCUAACCUAGCGGCCUCCGCGGGCACUGCCGCCGGCAUCUCAGAGCCGCUGAUGGAAUGCUGUCCCAGCAGUACGGCUGUCGCCGCCAGCGCCAACACUCCCGGAGACGUGCGGCCCGGCGGCGGAGCUGGCGGCGAUUUCCCAAGAGCUCCACGACGCAGGGAGAGGUUGCCGGAAUGCGGCAGUGACGGCGGCGGCGGCGGCAGCGGUGCUGGCGGCGGAAGAACUGGCGGCGCCGCCUAUCGGUUAUUUUGGCCUCUUGAGGAAAGACGUCGUACGGCGGUGGCGAUGGCGGCUGUUGUGUCGGUGGCGGAGGUACAAGCAGCUGCAGCGGAGGCUGUCCCUGCUUCCGCCGCUGAUGAGGAUGAUGAGGCGCCGGCGGUGAUCGCGCCGGCGAUAAUCGUUGUUGUUGUUGUUGUUGCUGCUGCUGCUGUUGUUGCGAUGGUGGCGGCGGCGGCAGCGGUGAUGAUGAAGUCGGCGGAGCUGGAUGAGCUCUUGGCGGCAGUAACGCCUCCUGCGGCGCCGCCCCCGCCGCCACCACCGCCGCUACUGUGUGUGGGCGCUUGA